AUGUGCGACGCCGGCGGUUCCCACACGCAGCGGCCGAGAAGCGGGGCCCAACUCCAGGGCCGGGCCUGGGCGGCGGCCUCCGCGAGGGCCCGCACCUACGAGUACGGCUCGAAGCGCUACCUGCUGAUGUGCGGGCUGGGCGGGAUGCUGAGCUGCGGGCUGACGCACACCCUCAUCGUGCCCCUCGACCUGGUCAAGUGCCGCCAGCAGGUGGACCCCCACAAGUACGGCGGCCUCUUCAGGGGCUUCAGCGUGACGCUGCAGGAUGACGGGGUGCGCGGCCUGGCCCGGGGCUGGGCGCCGACGUGGAUCGGCUACUCCCUGCAGGGCUUCUUCAAGUUCGGCCUCUACGAGGUCUUCAAGAUCCGCUACGCCGAGCUGCUGGGCCCGAGCAGGGCCUAUCACUGGAGAACCGGCCUGUACCUGGCCGCCUCGGCCAGCGCCGAGUUCUUCGCCGACAUUGCGCUGGCGCCCAUGGAGGCGGUGAAGGUGCGCAUCCAGACGCAGCCCGGCUACGCGCACACGCUGCGCGCCGCGGCGCCCCGGAUGUACGGCGAGGAGGGCCUGUGGGCCUUCUACAAGGGCGUGGCGCCGCUGUGGAUGCGGCAGAUCCCCUACACCAUGAUGAAGUUCGCCUGCUUCGAGCGCACGGUGGAAGCGCUGUACCGGCACGUGGUGCCCAAGCCGCAGAGCCAGUGCACCAAGGCCGAGCAGCUCGCCGUGACCUUCGUGGCGGGCUACAUCGCCGGCGUCUUCUGCGCCAUCGUGUCCCACCCGGCCGACUCCGUCGUGUCCGUCUUGAACAAGGAGAAGGGCAGCACGGCCCUGGGGGUGCUUCGCAGGCUGGGGUUUUGGGGCGUGUGGAAGGGGCUGUUCGCUCGGAUCAUCAUGAUCGGCACCCUGACGGCGCUGCAGUGGUUCAUCUAUGAUUUGGUCAAGGUCUAUUUCAAGAUGCCCCGCCCGCCUCUCCCCCGAGCGCCCGAACCCCAAAAGAAGAGGAAGUAGGCCUUUGUCAGCCUCUGUGGCCGCCUUGGGCCCGCCGUUGCAGUGAGAAGUGGCGAUGGCGUGCCGUCGAUGCUUGUGUAUAAAAUGUUAACGUUUUUCAGAGAGGCGAUUUGAAAUGCAGUCCGAGUUCGCCUUCAGUGAUUGGUUUCUUCGUUUUGGCAAACCAAGAGGAUUGCAGCCGUUUCAUUGGGGCGGGGGCGGGGAUGGGGGGGGUUAAGACAUUAUCUUUGGGGAGUCAGCUUUAACUCAAUAGCUUUUCAAUUAUAAGGAAAAAAAUUCUUCGCAGGAAGUAAUGUUAGGUAAUUUAGUGUCUCGAUAUUGUAUCUCCUUUGAUUCCCCAUUUGGUAGAGAUUAUCCGGGCAUCACUACUGAAUCGCUUGCUAAUGAGGUUUUAAGGUCAGCACAACUGUAUGGGACACGGAACAAAGGAAGAGUCUGCUGCAUGGUAUUCAUCUCAGCAGAAAUUGUGCACCUAUUGAAUAGAUGAAGGGCUCAUUCCAUAUUUCCUGUUCAUGUGCAUUACAGAAAUGGUGGAUUUUUUUUAUAUACUGGAAAAACCCAAAGGAUUCAUCAGAAGAACAUGUUUCAAAGAGCUACUACCAAUUUUUUUUCCUUAAGAAAUGCAUCAAGCAUCUGAGUUGCUGCUGGUAAAUUCUCUGUCCACCUCACCCUUGUCUGUCUGUGCAAGGCUGCUCUUAUUUAAACCCUGGCUCGAAAGACUGUGGCCCAAAUCAGGAAUGCACCAGGAUGCCAAAUGCCAUGAAUGAUUCUACGAGAUAAAUCCCCCGCUCUUCGAAACUGUCUGUCUUCACAAGGAUCUGAUCCAGGAUGUGAAUCACUGAAUAAAAAUCCCUAUCAACCUUUACAAAUCUCAUUUCUAAUUAAAUGUGUCUUAUCAAUCAGCGAUUGUAACAUGUAUAGCAAUAGAGUUUGACAUUAAGGGAUUCCUAUUAUUAAAAAAAAAAUUG